CACUGCAGGCUACAGGAGCAGAGCGAUAUGAGUUUACACGGAUACAUUUAAACUUAGCUUUUCCUCUCUUCUCAAUGAAUAUCCUUAAAAUAUUCAUGAAGGAUAUUUAGGUCAAAGACAAGGGCGACCCAGCUCAUUUAAAAUACUCGCUGUGUCACAUUAAAUCUCCUUUAAUUGAGUUCAUAAUGGGAUUACGCAUAUUUGGCACGCCACUUUACGCAUAUGCCUGCGUCUAUUUUUUGGUUUUCCUCCUGCAAGCUGUCCAGUCUCAGACCAAUUCAGGGACCCAACAAGGAAAUAGCCAAAGUGUAGCUCUCCGGCAGACACUACAGUGGUCACACAACGGCAAGGUUUUUAGCAUUUUAAGCCAGGGCUCGGAGUAUCAGCCACCGAGGCGCAGGGGCGCAUCCCAGGAGCAAGUGCAGGCCCGACCAGUCACCAUCAUUCGUGAUGCGGACGUGAGACAUCCGGACACCACGAACCAACGAGUGCUCCAGCAGCAGCAGCAGCAGCAGCAGCAGCAGCCUCCCCGGCCGGCGUCCGAUCUGCACAGAGCCCGCGGGCUCCCGUCUCCGCUCCAAAGACUCGUGAGAGGGCAAGAGCACCGCCAGCGUCACACUGACCGUGUCGGUGAGCGCACGGAGACGCAGAAGAACAGCAAUGCGACCCAGGAAAAGGUCACUGUCAGUCCGCCUCCGCCCCGGAGAGAAGACAUGAUGGUCGGUGAUGAUCCCUACGACCCCUACAAGUCCAGUGAUAGUGAUAACCCUUAUUACAAUCAUUAUGACGUUUACGACAGACCGAGCCGGAGAUCGAGACCCGGAUAUGGCACAAGGUAUCAUCAGUAUGGUCUGCCGGAUCUAGUACCUGAUGCCUACUACAUUCAAUCCUCUGCUUAUGUCCAGAGAGUCCCAAUGUACAACCUGAGAUGUGCAGCUGAGGAGAACUGUUUGUCGAGCUCAGCAUAUACAGCCAGCGUUAGAGACUAUGACACCCGUAUGCUGCUGAGGUUUCCCCAGAGAGUCAAGAACCAAGGGACGGCGGACUUCCUCCCCAGCAGGCCACGUUACACCUGGGAGUGGCACAGCUGUCACCAGCACUUCCACAGCAUGGAUGAGUUCAGCCACUACGACCUGCUGGAUGCCUCCUCUCACCACUCGGUGGCCGAAGGCCACAAAGCCAGCUUUUGCCUGGAGGACACUUCCUGUGACUACGGCUAUUACAGGCGAUUUGCCUGCACCUCACAUACCCAGGGCCUGAGCCCAGGAUGUUAUGAUACCUACAACGCAGACAUCGACUGCCAGUGGAUCGACAUCACAGAUGUGAAACCUGGAAACUAUAUCCUCAAGAUCAGUGUAAAUCCCCAAUAUCAUGUACCAGAAUCAGACUACAGCAACAACGUUGUGCGCUGUGACGUUCGCUACACUGGCAACUACGCCUAUGUGUCAGGUUGUCGCAUGUCAUCGUAUUAGAUCAUUCACAGGAACUCAGCAAAGAUGUUCUGUAAAUAACAAGGCAGAGGACUGCAUAUGAAAGCAUCAUGAAAUACAUGUACACUUGUGAUGAAUACAUUUUAAAUUGUUAAACACUCCCAAGUUAGAAAGAAAAGGUAAGAAUCCUCUGACGCCAAGGUGACGGAUAAUGUUGAAUUCGUUUUUGCUUGUUUUUCUCCAUACUGUUGUUAUCUCAUCUUUUCAUGAGAAUAAUUUUAAUUUCUUAAUUAUAUUGCAUUGUACUGUAUACUUGUGUUUUAUACCACUUGGAGGAUAGUCAAAGAAUAAAAUACAUUACAAUCGUAUCACAAUUUUAAAAUGAACAAGCUGUAAAGGAAAUGUAAUUGUUAUAUUUAUAUGCAAUGAAAGAAACUCUUUACGACAAAAGAUUUUGUUGAAACUAAGUUAAUUAAAACUUUUUUGUCUG